GGCCCAAAACACACCAAUCUACAACCCCCCGCCGCCUCAGCCAACCCCCCGCCGCCGUGCUCUCUGUUCUACUCUGCUUCAACUCAGCCACAUAGCCCUAAUUUUCUGUCCAUAAGGCUCAAACACUGUUUUCAGAUGGCAACUCAUGAGGCUGAUGGAAAUUCCCUGUCUCCAUCUCGUAUAGAAUCACCCGAACUAGAAGCCAUGCAGGAGAAAGCUCACAAAGGUUCUUCAAGUUCUGGAUCCAAGCAUGAAUCUCGUGAACAUGCAAGAGAUAGGGAGAGGGAAUCUAAAAGCAGGGACAGGGAGAGGGAAAGAGGUAGUAGAGACAAAGAUAGAGACAGGGACAAAGAGAGGAAUAGGGAUCGGGAAAGGGAGAGGGGUAGAGACAGAGAUGGGGAAAGGGAACGGGAUAAGGAUCGUGAUCGACAUCACCCAGAUCGCCACAGAGAUCGAAGUGAGAGAAGGGAGAGGACCAGAGAUAGGGGUGAUGAGGAUGACUACUACCGAAGCAGAGACUAUGACAGACGGAAAGAUUAUGAUAAAGAUAGGGAAGAAAGGCACCGACACAGAUCUAGGUCUCGUUCAAGGGCUAAAUCUGAGCACAGAUCAAGGUCGCGUUCCCGUUCACGUUCUAAAAGCAAAAGGAUGAGUGGUUUUGACAUGGCUCCUGCUGCCUUGCUUCCAAAUACUGCUGCUGCUGUAGCAGGUCAGCUUCCUGGAGCCACCCCCACAAUUCCUGGAAUGUUCCCCAGUAUGUUACCUUUGCCAGGAGGACAGUUUGGAGCCCUCCCUGUUAUGCCAGUGCAGGCAAUGACUCAGCAGGCUACCAGGCAUGCUCGCAGGGUAUAUGUUGGUGGUCUUCCGCCUACUGCUAAUGAACAGUCUGUGGCAACGUUCUUUAGUCAUGUUAUGUCAGCAAUUGGAGGAAAUACUGCUGGUCCAGGAGAUGCCGUGGUAAAUGUUUACAUUAACCAUGAAAAGAAAUUUGCUUUUGUGGAGAUGAGAUCAGUUGAAGAGGCUAGCAAUGCAAUGGCUUUAGAUGGCAUUAUUUUUGAGGGUGCCCCAGUUAAAGUUAGAAGACCGAGUGACUAUAACCCCUCGCUUGCUGCCACUCUGGGCCCCAGUCAACCUAAUCCCAAUCUGAAUCUUGCAGCUGUUGGGUUAACACCAGGAUCUGCUGGGGGGCUUGAAGGCCCUGACCGCAUAUUUGUUGGUGGGUUGCCGUAUUAUUUCACGGAGUCGCAAAUCAGGGAGCUGCUCGAAUCCUUUGGACCACUUCGGGGUUUUGAUCUAGUUAAAGAUAGAGAAACAGGGAACUCCAAAGGCUAUGCAUUUUGUGUUUACCAGGACUUAUCUGUUACAGAUAUUGCUUGUGCAGCUCUUAAUGGGAUAAAGAUGGGUGAUAAAACGCUUACUGUUAGGCGUGCUAAUCAAGGCACGACACAGCCUAAACCCGAGCAGGAGAGCGUGUUAUUGCAUGCACAACAACAAAUUGCAUUACAGAGACUCAUGUUAGCACCUAAUAUUGAACCCAUUACAAAGGUUGUUUGCUUAACAAAUGUGGUUACCCCCGAUGAGCUCAUGAAUGACGAUGAUUAUGAAGAUAUACUCGAAGACAUGAGAACUGAAUGUGGGAAGUUUGGUAUGUUGGUGAACUUAGUAAUUCCUCGUCCCGUUGCUGGUGUAGAAAAUGCACCAGGUGUAGGGAAGGUGUAUUUGGAAUACGCGGACACUGAAAGUGCUGUAAAAGCUCGGCAAGGACUGAAUGGAAGGAAAUUCGGUGGAAAUGAGGUUGUUGCAGUUUUCUACCCAGAAGAUAAGUUUUCGGAGGGAGAUUACAGCGGAUAGUGUAGGACUGGAAAGUUUUAGGCUUGCUUUAUAAUACAAGCAAGUUUCACUUUUGAAUUAGAUAUUAUAAAAAAAUUUGCAGGUAUGUUGGUGAACUUAGUAAUUCCUCGUCCCGUUGCUGGUGUAGAAAAUGCACCAGGUGUAGGGAAGGUGUAUUUGGAAUAUGCGGACACUGAAAGUGCUGUAAAAGCUCGGCAAGGACUGAAUGGAAGGAAAUUCGGUGGAAAUGAGGUUGUUGCAGUUUUCUACCCAGAAGAUAAGUUUUCGGAGGGAGAUUACAGCGGAUAGUGUUCCCUAUUGUAGGAAGUUAACUUAUUUGGAUUUGAAGUAGGUUUUAUUGCAAUGGCCUAUUGUGGUUAUGUUCUGCGCUUCUAAAACUAUGUCUAUGUGGUAAGGUGUUAUGAUUUUUUAUAGGAUGUUUUGUAUUCUGCUCUUGCUACCUUGUUUUAUUGAAGAUGCGUAACUAUUAAUAGAACUUCAUUUGUCCAUGAUA